AUGCCGUCCUCACCUCCCGUCUUCUCGACACCGCUCACCAAGCUGUUCAACAUCAACCACCCUGUCAUGCUUGCUGGCAUGAACGUUGCAGCAGGGCCGAAGCUUGCUGCAGCAGUGACCAACGCCGGAGGAUUGGGGGUUAUCGGCGGGCUGCGCCAGAACCCGAAGAUCCUGCAGCAGAAUAUCGACGAGCUCAAGAGCCAACUGGAAGACAAGGACGCGCCGUUCGGCGUCGAUCUGCUUAUCCCCCAGCUCGGCGGGAACGCUCGCAAGACGAACUACGAUUACACCAACGGCCAACUCCCGGAGCUCACUGACGUCAUUGUCAGAAACAAGGCGGCGCUGUUUGUUUGCGCGGUCGGCGUCCCGCCGAGAGAGAUGGUGGACAAGCUGCAUGCUGCAGGUGUGGUCGUCAUGAACAUGGUCGGCCAUCCAAAGCACGUUCCAAAGGCGCUCGCUCAAGGGGUGGAUAUCAUUUGUGCGCAAGGCGGAGAAGGCGGCGGGCACACGGGGGACACCCCGUUCUCGAUCCUCAUUCCCGCAUGUGUAGAUCUCUGCAAGGACUCACGGAGCCCACUCACGGGCGAGCCCGUCAUCGUCGUAGCCGCAGGCGCGAUCGCCGACGGGCGGGGUCUCGCAGCUGCUCUCUCAUACGGCGCGGCGGGCGUGUGGGUCGGCACGCGUUUUGUCGCCAGCGAAGAGGCGGCCGCCCCGCCGAAGCACAAGGAGCUCCUGUUGUCUGCAGGAUACGACGACACCGUGCGCACUCUCAUCUAUUCCGGCCGUCCGAUGAGCGUGCGGCGGACGCCCUACGUCGAUAGCUGGGCGCAAAGGCAGCAGGAGGUUGCUGAGCUGACUUCGCAGGGCAAGAUUCCGUACAUGGUCGACCUGGAGCAACAUCCGGAGAAGUUCAUCGAGAGUCAGCGAUGGCUCAUGGGGAAAGUCGCCGGCUCUAUUAACGAUAUCAAGCCAGCCAAGGAAAUUGUCGAUGAGAUGGUGGCAACAGCGGCAGAGACACUGCAGAAUGCCUAUGCUUCGAUGGUGCCUUCAAGGGCGAAGCUAUGA